AUGGCGCCGCGCACCGCCUUCCCCUCUGUUCGCGCCUGCCUCUUUGACAUGGAUGGCCUAUUGCUCGACACCGAAGACCUGUACUCGCUCUGCUGCAACCUCGUUCUGGAGAAGUACCAGAAGCCCAAGCUCCCCUGGAGCAUCAAGGCGAAGCUUCAAGGCCGCCCGGGUCCCGCUGCGAACAAGUUGUUUCACGACUGGGCCCAGCUCCCAAUCACCGAGGAGGAAUACAGCAAGGAGUACUACGCCCUCCAGGCCCAGCACUUUCCCGGCACCCAGCCGCUGCCGGGCAUCGAGAAGCUCCUGAACGACCUGGGCCGAACCCGGUACUGGGAUGCCCAGAACACAAAGCAGCAGCCGGGCGUUCAAACCCAGUCCCCGAAGCAGCGCGUGCAUAUUGCCCUAGCCACCUCGUCGCACGAGUCCAACUUCCGCCUGAAGACGGCGCACCUGGAGGAGCUGUUCAGCGUGUUCGAGACGCAGCGCCGCGUUCUGGGCGACGACAAGCGCAUCCCGCCCGGUCGUGGCAAGCCCCUCCCCGACAUUUACCUGCUCGCGCUGCAGACCAUCAACGAGUCGCUGCCGGCCGGCGAGGCGCCCAUCAAGCCCGAGGAGUGUCUUGUGUUUGAGGACAGCGUGCCGGGGGUCGAGGCCGGCCGACGCGCCGGCAUGCGCGUCAUCUGGUGCCCGCACCCGAUGCUGAAGAAGGAAUACGCGGGCCGCGAGGCCGAGGUGCUUGCCGCGCGCACCGGUGAGGCCGGCCAGGUCGACCUGCACCAGCUGGGCGAGGUUGACGACGGCUGGGCCGAGUAUCUGGCUACGCUGGUCGACUUCCCGUACGACCGCUACGGAAUCACGGUCCCGCCCGUUUCCGUCGACGAGGAGGAGUACAUGAAGGAGACGGCCCGCGUCGAUGACAACGAGGUCAUCCAGGCUGUCGACUACGCUGCGGCCCCGGCACCGGCUGCCUAA